AUGGCUUUUCAAAACUUACCAACCGAGAUCCUUCUCGCGAUCGGUCACCAUGCCGACGAUAUGUCCCUUCGAAGUCUUUGGCCUCGCAAAUGGCUGAUUCGCAAACUUCAUUACGCUCCCCGCGAUCCUUGGGGGCGAUCGGCUUGUGAGGUCAUGCUCUUGAAGCAAAGGCACCCAGGACCAGUCCAAUAUCCCACGCCGUUCAGCCUGUAUAAGCGAUUCUCAUACGAUACUAGCCAAGCGCUCAAGUGUCUCCGCUUAUUCCCAUGUCUGAAAAAGUUUCAGUUUGAUCUUGGUGGUUGGGAUCUCAACCAGUGGCGCGCAGACUCUCUCACCGUCAAUCAGGAGUUCUGUCGCGACUACGAAGAAGAUUGGUUAAAUUUCAUUAAUGAUAGUUUCCAGGCCCUUGGCGAACUCGACACUGACGCGUUCACGUAG